UUGAAAAUGUGUUUUUGUGUGAAUAAAAAAAAAAGAAAUAAUUUAAGUGAUGGACAGUCAAAUUAUUGGAACUGGUAGAUAUUUAGAUAUUGUGGACGACACUUGGAGAGAAGAGAGACUUCCUUUUGAGGAUAUACAGGUCCCCGCUGAUGAAUUGCCAGAUCCCGAGACAGAUACUGGAGAAUCACCUUUAACACUCAAGGAACAAGAACAAAGCUGGUCCGAUUUGGCUUUGACAAACCUCAACGACCAACACAAUAACUAACAUGUCUAAAAUUCUUUAAAUUUACACUUUUACACACAAAAAAAUAGCAAAAUCAAAUGUAAAUUUAAAAUGCAUAAAAACAGUUAAAGCUUUCACUUCUAAUCAAAUUUUUUGUGAACUUUUAUAUAUAUUUUUUGAUACAUUUUCUUAAUAAAAAUGGAGUUGCCUUCGCUGGGAAUUAAUUGUUCGGUGAACGGUUGCAACCGGUUAGAUUUUUUGCCUCUGCGCUGUGAGUGUGGAAAAAUGUUUUGCACCGAUCAUUUUAUGGAACAUACACAAGACUGUGAGGCUUUUAAGAAAUCGAAAGCAUU